AUGACAGGCCAGGUGGCAGAAAGAGACCGGUCACCCCACAACUUGUCAGUAAAGACCACCUUGGAGGAGGAGAUUGAGAGAGCCGAGAGUAUUCUUAGCAGGGUGCCAUCGGUCUGGGAUGACACAUCCUCAGAGCUACAAAGAGUUGCUGCUCUUGACCCUCAUGGAGGCAAUUCAAGAAAUUCUUUUCAAAGAAGUGGAGUUGUCUCAAGGCUUGUGAACCUUAUAGUGAGACUGAGAGAGUGGGCCCACAGGAGUCUGCUGGAGGAGGAGGAGCGACCAGACUCUUUCCUGGAGCGCUUUCGUGGCCCUGAGCUGCAAACGGCCCCCAGUCGCAACAGCAAUACACAACAAGAUGCCAAUGGCAACAAUGCCAAAGGGAUAUUUAGGAAAAGGUGGGAUUUGUUUGUGGUUUCCCCAUCAGAUAACGCCUACUACCACUGGUUAUUUGUUAUCGCCAUGGCGGUGCUCUACAACUGGUGCCUUGUUGUUGCAAGGGCAUGCUUUGACGAGCUACAGGUGAGCAAUUACAUCUGCUGGCUGGUGCUGGACUAUCUCUCUGACACUGUGUACAUAAUGGACAGUUGUGUUAGACUUCGAACAGGUUUCCUGGAACAAGGUCUGCUGGUGAAGGACCAUGCCAAGCUAAGAGACAGCUACGUUCGAACAAUGCAGUUUAAGCUGGAUGUAGUGUCCAUCCUGCCCACUGACCUGGCGUACAUCUCCACCGGUAUCCAUACACCACAACUCAGAUUUAACCGUCUACUGCGUUUCUCACGCAUGUUUGAAUUCUUUGACCGAACAGAGACGCGCACCAACUAUCCAAACAUCUUCCGUAUCUCCAACUUGGUGCUGUACAUCCUGGUCAUUAUUCACUGGAACGCCUGCAUCUACUAUGCUAUAUCUAAAUCUUUGGGAUUUGGCUCAGAUACAUGGGUGUUUCCAAACACCUCCCAACCUGAGUACUCCUCUUUGACUCAGAGUUAUUUCUACUGUCUGUACUGGUCAACUCUGAUUCUUACUACCAUUGGAGAGAUGCCUCCACCUGUGCGAGAAGAAGAGUACCUAUUUGUGGCCUUUGACUUUCUAGUUGGGGUUUUGAUCUUCGCAACUAUUGUGGGAAAUGUUGGAUCCAUGAUUGCCAACAUGAAUGCCACCCGUGCUGAGUUUCAAGCUCAAAUAGAUGCCAUAAAGCACUACAUGCACUUCCGCAAAGUCAGCAAAGAACUGGAGACACGUGUCAUUAAAUGGUUUGACUACCUCUGGACCAACAAAAAAGCAGUAGAUGAGCAGGAAGUGCUAAAGAACCUGCCAAAUAAACUGCGGGCUGAGAUUGCUAUUAAUGUACAUCUGGAAACCCUCAAGAAAGUACGCAUUUUUCAAGACUGUGAGGCGGGACUGCUAGUGGAGCUUGUCCUCAAACUGCGACCACGGGUCUUUAGUCCAGGAGACUACAUCUGCAGGAAAGGAGACAUUGGUAAAGAAAUGUAUAUUAUUAAAGAGGGGAAGCUGGCCGUAGUGGCCGAUGAUGGGGUCACACAGUAUGCUCUCCUCACUGCUGGUAGCUGCUUUGGGGAAAUCAGCAUUUUGAAUAUUAAAGGUAGUAAAAUGGGAAAUCGUCGGACAGCCAACAUUCGCAGCUUGGGUUACUCUGACCUCUUCUGCCUCUCUAAGGAUGACUUAAUGGAGGCAGUGACAGAGUAUCCAAAUGCUAAGACAGUGCUAGAAGAGAGGGGCCGGGAGAUCCUGAAGAAGGAGGGUCUUCUGGAUGAGAAUGCAGAGAGUGGUGGGUUGCAGAAAGAGGACACAGAGGAAAAAGUAGAGAGGCUAGAGUCCUCUCUGGACACCCUUCAGACUCGUUUUGCCCGUCUGCUCAGUGAAUACAACCACACUCAGCAGAGGGUAAAACAGCGAAUGACUCUGUUAGAGCGGCAGCUGAAUCAAAUGGACUGCGGGGCAGAGACAAAUGAUGAUGUGGAUGCAAGUGCAGAGAUGGCUGAUUAA